AGAUGGAACGGCUACAGGGAAAGGUGGAGCAGGAGGAAGAAAGAUCCAGGAGAAUCAAGGAGUUGGAAGAAAUCCUGGAGAAGGAGAAGGAGAAAGGACAGUCUGCUCAAGCAAAGACUCAAGAAGCAGAGGAAGAGACACAUAGGGUACGGAGUACAUUGGAAGAGGAGAUCUCAGCUCUUAAGUUUCAGCUCAGCUCUGAAGCCAUGCAAUAUCAACAAACACUUCAGGGAUACCAUGAACAAGAAAGUGAUCUUGAGAGCUUGAAGAUUCAGAAUAAUGAACAGCAACAAACGAUCCAAGAACUCAGUAAUGAAAUAGAGACUGUCAAGAAACAAAGCAAUCAAGAUAAAAUCAACUUUCAAAAGAAGCUCUCAGAACAGGAAAAUGAAAUUGCAAGGCAAGAGCAGCAGAUCACCAUACAUGAAGCCAGUGUUGAAGAGUUAUCAAGAUGUCUUGAAGAAGAAAAAAGAAAAAGUGUUUCAUUACAGUCAGAGGUGACGGAACUACGGAAUGAAAGCGGAAACCGAGUGACCAGUCUAGAAAAAGAACUUGCUUUGGCUGAAGAUGACAAUGAACAAUUAAAGAAACAGCUUGUGAAACUCAUCAAGGAAAAGGACACUUUGUGGAAAAGGACAGAGAAAUUGGAGUACCAUAGAAAAAUGAAAGCAUCUGAAAGAUGGCUAGACGAUAAACAGGUGACUCAGUGCAUGUCCUGUAUGUGUGAGUUUAGUCUGACUGUUAGGAAACAUCACUGCCGUCUUUGUGGAAGAAUAUUUUGUGCAAAAUGUACAGACUUCUUUGUACUGACCUCCCAUAGCAAGAAGAAGAGCCGAGUGUGUGAGCAGUGUUACGUAGGUCACCAGCAUUCCCUGGAGGCUGCUAGUGUCAAUACAUCUAUCAUAUCAACCAACUCUCAUGAUGAUAGCCUAGAUGAUGGUCAUCCUUCCAAUCAGAGUACAAGAGACAUGCCGGGUGGGUCAAGCUCUGUUGCUAGUGAUGAAGGAUUGUCAGAUGUGAUGUCAGAGAGUGUGAACAGUGAGCCUGUCACCAUGGAUGAUGUUGAUGAAUCACUAAGGAUUGUGGGAAUGGAUGCAAUAGCCCAAGGUGAUCCUAAACAUAGGUUAAAUCGAGAAGACAUGGUACCUUCUCCAACCCUCACCUCUGAGAAUACUGCAUCAGAACCUGACUUUGAUAUAAUUGGUGAAGAUGAAGUAUCUGCUGCUAGACAAGAUGAAAAAGACAAUGAGGAGAAUGAGAGGGAUUCCAAACCUGAUGAAAAUACCAGAACUGAUGGUCAAUUGCUGAGUGCAGAUGAGCUAGAAGGAGAAGGGUUAACUGGAGAAGAAGUAACUGUAGCUGCUUAUCAGAAGCAUCAUCUACCUGUAGCUAUCAAUGAUGUGGGUCUCAUGCUAUGCUGGGAGUUUGUUUCAUCCCCAAAGAGUAUUGGUUUCUCAGUAGUAUUUCAAGACUCUUCAGAUACUACCUCACCUCAAGAAGAGUUGAUACCUCUUUGUAAAUGCAACUCACAUCAACAUGCUGUCCAAGGAGAACUCUUAGCUAGGAAACCUGGAAUAUAUACCCUUAUCUUUGAUAACAAAUUUUCAAGGUUUACAAGCAAAACAGUGAAGUACAGUCUCACUAUCAAUAGGCCGGAAGCAGCAUACUGAUUACCAAUACUUGAUUUUUUGAUGAAGUAAAGUGCAAAUAUAAUCUUUUUCCAUUCCAUUUCUUCAAAAAGAAUUCAUGAUAAUAAAAUGUAUUGUAAAAGUUCCAGCGGUAUACCCUUUUUUUCUAUUUCCGAUCACUUACCAUAUAAUUAAAUCAUUUACCAUAAUAAUUGUCUACAUUUUGGUUUAUCUAAAUCUCAUAUUUUUGUUCUAAUUUCCCAAAAUUCGCCUUUGUUACUAAUGCCUUAGAAUGAGUUAUUCAUUCUCAACUUGGAAAAUUGCAAAGGUUGCAAAAUGCAGCUGUGUGUAUUGUAACUCUAUCUAGCAAGCGCAGCCACAUCACCCCUAUAUUGAAAACUCUUCACUGGUUGCCCCUGAAGGAACGCAUAGUCUUUAAAAUCCUUCUUUUGAUUUUUCAUACAGUCAAUGGAACUUCCCCUAGUUACAAUAGGUCUUUGAUGCAUCAUUACCAACCCUCAAGAAAUUUACGAUCCUCAUCAUCUAAUCUCUUACAAAUUCCAGUUGCUAAGAAAUCAUGAGGGGAGCGGGCCUUUGCUCAUGCAGGACCUAGCCUGUGGAAUUCUCUCCCACACAGUUUGAAAACCCAGACUUCAGUGACCACC